AUGUUGUUCAAGUAUAAUAGAACUUAUAAUUUUGAAAAUAAUAUUAAUGAUAUAGAUAAUAUUAAUAAUAAAAAUACUGAUGCUGAAAAUGAAAAUCUCAAUAAAUAUAUCAAUAAUACUGCUAGAUCUUUAUCUAUUACAUCUUAUUUUGCCUUUGUUCUAUAUGAAGUUUUUAUAAAAAAAAACUCAAAAAAUUAA